UAUCCUCCAUCUGGAAAGUUCAAAUGGCCUACUUUGAAAAAACCAAAGUGGGCGCUCUCUCAACCAAAGGUAAAAGGUCCUGAUGUCGAUUUAGAUGCUGAACUCUCUGGACCUGAUCUUGAACUCUCAGCUCCAAAGAUAGAUGGUAAAAUUAACUCACCAGACAUUGACCUGAAUUUACCCAAAGCUGAUGUUGACAUUAAAAAACCAGAAUUGGAUAUUGAUCCUCCAUCUGGAAAGAUCAAAUGGCCCACUUUGAAAAAACCAAAGUGGGCACUCUCUCAACCAAAGGUAAAUGGUCCUGAUGUUGAUUUAGAUGCUAAUCUAUCCAGUCCUGAUCUUGAACUCUCAGCUCCAAAGAUCGAUGGUAAAAUUAACUCACCAGACGUUGAUCUGAAUUUACCCAAAGCUGAUGUUGACAUUAAGAAACCAGAAUUGGAUAUUGAUCGUCCAUCUGGAAAGUUCAAAGUGCCCACUUUGAAAAAACCAAAGUGGGCGCUCUCUCAACCAAAGGUAAAAGGUCCUGAUGUUGAUUUAGAUGCUGAACUCUCUGGACCUGAUCUUGAACUCUCAGCUCCAACGAUAGAUGGUAAAAUUAACUCACCAGACAUUGAUCUGAAUUUACCCAAAGCUGAUGUUGACAUUAAGAAACCAGAAUUGGAUAUUGAUCCUCCAUCUGGAAAGAUCAAAUGGCCCACUUUGAAAAAACCAAAGUGGGCGCUCUCUCAACCAAAGGUAAAUGGUCCUGAUGUUGAUUUAGAUGCUAAUCUAUCCAGUCCUGAUCUUGAACUCUCAGCUCCAAAGAUCGAUGGUAAAAUUAACUCACCAGACGUUGAUCUGAAUUUACCUAAAGCUGAUGUUGACAUUAAGAAACCAGAAUUGGAUAUUAAUCGUCCAUCUGGAAAGUUCAAAGUGCCCACUUUGAAAAAACCAAAGUGGGCGCUCUCUCAACCAAAGGUAAAAGGUCCUGAUGUCGAUUUAGAUGCUGAACUCUCUGGACCUGAUCUUGAACUCUCAGCUCCAACGAUAGAUGGUAAAAUUAACUCACCAGACAUUGAUCUGAAUUUACCCAAAGCUGAUGUUGACAUUAAGAAACCAGAAUUGGAUAUUGAUCCUCCAUCUGGAAAGUUCAAAAUGCCCACUUUUAAAAAACCAAAGUGGGCGCUCUCUCAACCAAAGGUAAAUGGUCCUGAUGUUGAUUUAGAUGCUGAUCUCUCUGGACCUGAUCUUCAUCUCUCGGCUCCCAAGAUUGAAGCUGAAAUACACACACCAGACCUGAAUUUAGAGGCACCCAAAACACAAUUGCAAGGCCAAAAGUUAGAUCUCAAUGCCAAGUUGCCAAACACUGAACUGGAAGCGCCUGACGUCACAUUAAAAUCUCCAAAUUUGGAUACCAACGCACCAAAACUAGCCCUUACAGCUCCAGAUGGACAGAUAAAAACACCAGGUGUAGAGUUAGAUCCAGUUCUUGGAGACUUCAAACUGCCUCAUUUCAAGGUCCCAGCACUUGAUCUUUCAAGUCCAAAUGCAGGAAUUGAGGCACCCAAAGUUAACUUGAGCGAUCCUGAUGCUGAUGCCAGUAUUUCUGUUCCUGCAGUGGAACUGAAUGGACCAAAGGUGGAAGGACCCAAAGUUGAUAUUAGCGCUCCAGAUGUAGAUGCUAAUGAGAAGUCCAGAUUCCCACAUUUCAAAAUACCAAAGUUCAGCUUUUCAGGAUCUAAGCCAAAAACUGGAGAGGUCAAUGACAGUGCAGAUGAUGAUGAUGAAGCUGCUUCAAAUAUUGAAACUGAUGUUCCUGUCUUCAGAUUUCACUCACUACCCAAAUCAACCUUUGAUGGCCCUAGUAAUUUUUCUGAUGCAUUUGGCUUAUCAAAACGCGACGACGAAGAACAGGACUAUGUUGUAAGAAAAGGGAUAAGACUGCCAGUAAGUAAUGCAGCAGCAGCAGCAACGAGCAAAAUCGAUAUUAUGCAGAUACUGAAACUGUCGAAGGAAAAACUCGCCAGUUUCUCGCCAACGGAAGAUGCUAAUCUGAGACUUGCUGCUCCCAGCUUAGAUGUCGGUGCCUCUGCAGAAGGUUCCUCUCUAGGUACUUUAAAAAUAGAAAAGCCUGGGUCUGUAGAGGGUCCAGCAGAUGAAGAUCAGAGGCUAUCCCAGAGUCUUGCCAAUAUGCUUUGUCUUGACUCUGAUGACCCAGUUGCUGUCUGACUCUUUAAAAACUAGGAAUCAAAUCUGAAAUGCUGUGUGUGUGUAUAUAUACCUGUACUUAAAUCAAAUUCACAUCUGUUUGUAUUACUGUAAUAGAAUCCACUUUUUUUUUAAUGAGCAAUGUUGAUAUUUCUGUUAUUUAUGCAAGCUAUUUUUCUAAACUUUUUCAUUUGAAUACAUUUUACCCAGUAAACUGCAUGUUAUCAAAGUACACGACAGAAUUCUGAGUACUGUUCUCCCAUUUAACAUUUUAAGAUCAAUUUGUGAAUGUAAUUGUUGCUUAAUAAAUCACUGAAACCUC